UCACUUUUCUGCCUCUUCUGGCAAUGCAGGCAGCCGAUGGCUUCAGGUCAAGUCCUGUUAUCGUUGCAUAACAAAGUAUAACAUGCAUUCAUUUCGUGGUUUUGUUCCAUCCUCAAGGGUCACCCAAGAUUGGGGAAAACACACAACUGGCACCCAUAAUCACUGUCUCGUUUUUGUGCCGCAUUGGCAGCUUGUCUCAAUAAGACCCGAAUUUAUUCGAGGCAAUGCGAAAGCUGUUCUAUCUGAAGGGAUAAUCGAUGGACAUGCAAUGGCGACCAAGAUGGAAAUCCAAUUAGUUUCCACGUUGUCUAUUGUAACAGUAUCUUCAAUGCUGGCCGGAACGAAUCUCUGGCUGCCGAAAGAAGCAGUGAAAUUAUUGGGAAGUCUUGGAUUUGUCGUAGAAUCCGACGCAACUCGGAGAACAGAUUCUAGCCUUCGAUUUUGGUCUGGCCGGUCAUCGGCGAGGACAUGCGCCCCGUGGGAAAGCCCCUCGCCUCACUCUUGUGGGCCUCGCCCUCGGAAACGUACUGGCCAUUUUCACCUUCAUUUUCGUCGCUAACUUGUUUGCUGUUUCCGCAAACUCGAGAAAACUGUCAUUCUCACAAAAAACGGUGAAGGACAAAAAAUUCACUUUCUCAGCCAACUCGAUUGCUUCUCUGUGGAUUCGAAGUGCGUAUGUCACAUAGUCUUUCAGCUUUUUCUUCAGUAAUUUUGUACGGGAUGAGGUGACUUGGAUAUAUCUGCAACGCCAUUGGCAAGUGAUCCGGAAAGCAGUCGGAAAAUAAUC